AUGGAUAUAGCCAUUCAAACUGUCUCAAAAUUUGAAAUUAAUUUACUAGAUUUGUUACUAAUCAAGAGUGAUACAUGUAUAAAUAAAACACAAAUAGAACGUGUUGAACUUAAUCAAAAAGAUAACGAUGUGAUUGAUUUUGAUUCAGCGAUUAUAUUAAUUGGUCGAUUUAGUAAUAAUAAUAAACAAAUACAAUACUAUUUUAAUCAUAGUCAUUUUUCGCAUAAUCAGUAUAAUGAUUUAUCUCGUACAUGUGGUUAUAAAUAUCAGACAUAUUCUAAUAAACAACGACAAAUAAAUGUUGUUGAUCAAAUGAUUGCUCAAUCAUAUAUUCCUUAUUCUCUAUUACCAAAACAUUUCAAGCCAAAACAGCCAUAUUUAGUAAAUAAUAAUAAUAAUAUUCCUAAUAAUUUUUACUAUGAAUCAUAUACAAACGAUUGUUCUAAUUCACAUUUUUAUCGACGAUUUCAACAUUGUUCAUAUGUUAUUAAUAAACGAAAUAAUCCUUAUCUACAUUCGAAUCAACAACGUGGAAGAUAUUGGUAAAUAACAAAAACAUGCGUUUUGUUUUGUUCAUUUUUAAAUUUCUUUAGAAGUUGUAGACAAAAUGAUAAUAGUUGCAUUCUUGACAAUCAUCGGACAAAUACGUUCGUACAAGAUAAAUAUCAAUUAUUAAUGGAUAAAUAAGCGAAUACAAGAAUCUUAUGCCACAUCUUCUUUGUAUAUUUAUUUGUUUUUUUCUGUUAUUUUUCUAUUUGAAAAAGAAAAUGUAUAAAUUGAGAAUACUGAUUCGGAAUGAAUUUUACACUAUGUCCAUAUCGAAUGUGUUGAUUGUGCAAUCAAAAAUAGAUGUAAGUCUUUCGCUGAUUAUCAAUACCUUCUUUUAUAACAAAAGGAGAUUAGAAAACGAUAACUCUACAAUAAACUGUUACUGGAGUCUCAGUAGUAUAUACAGGGGGG